AUGCCCCUAGUUUAUCCGGCCGAAAUGCGACGCCUCCCCAAUUUUCAAUAUCUAUACUCCGGCCAGGUUAUGAACGUCGCUGUCAUGCCGAUCUUUGGCUACAACCAAGAGGACGGCCUUGUGUUUAGUCAAGGGGCAAUCGACAGAGGAGCGUUCACUAGUUUGCAUUAUUAUACAUACAGAAAAGUCUGGGACAGCAAUGAAGACGGCGAAGUAAAAUUGGCACAACGCGGCACAGUUGUGUCCGAAGGCGAUAUUGUGAUUCUGUGUUCAAAAUCUGACUCUGUCAAAAUCCCCAAAGGUAGGAAACCCGGCAAAAUUGUGAGCACGUACUUUGCUUGUUUACCUGAUGGGAAAAUGACGUACGAGGUCAGAGUGGAAGUGACCUUGCACCCUGAAGUUGGCGAUAAAUUCGCUCCGCUUUGUGGUCAAAAAGGUGUGAUAUGCGCUAUCAUACCCGACGAACAGUUACCCCGGACGGCAGACGGACUUGUGCCGGAUAUUUUUAUGAACCCUCAUGGCUUUAUUGACCGUCAAACUGUUAGUUUUCAUGUAGAGGGAAUGUUGGGGUUGUUGGCUAAGAAAACAGGCUGUCAAAUUGAAGUGAAAAAGAACACGCCCUAUUUAAAGCUGGUAACAGACGCGGGCAUAGAAUCGUGUUAA